AAUUAUUUUACUAUGAAAAAUACUUUCGCCUUAGCAUUACUACUCUUAAUCACAUUUGAAGUUUCUUGCUUUUAAGUUUCCACUACUGAAGAAAAGCCAUCUUUUAAAUUAGCUUUUCCGAUGACAACAUCUGCAAACACCACUUUCGAGAUUGAUUUUUCCAAUUCUUCUUUCGAGUAUUAUGCUGUCGAAUUGAUGCAAACAUCCCCAGGGAUUGCAGAUAUCGUUUUUUUGUAUAUGGAGUCAUAGCCUCCUUAUGUAAAAGAUGGAGAGUUGAACUAUGAUGAUAUGGACUACGAUAGGUAUAUUCAAAGAAAUAAUCAUUAGUUACGCUUAGAAAAAGAGGGAACACUUUUUAUUGGUCCCCAUUUCACUCUCUAAAGCUUACUUUACUAUACUGACUAAUAUUUCAAUCUCGUAUGACAUAAUAGUCUCUGGAUCUCAUGAAAAACUAUGCCCAAAAAGAUGUAAUUAGAAUGGAUAAUGUAUAAAUGGUGAAUGCAAGUGCAUCAAGCCUUUUAUUGGAAGGGAUUGUUCAAUAAGAGCUAUGGAAAUUGAAAAAGACUCUAUGCUUGGAAUUGGUGGACCCGAAGAAUCAUUUUACUUCUUUUAUGAAUAGGAUGGAUCUCAAAAACUCAGAUUAGAAAUAUCAGUAUUUAUUUAUACUAUUCAAUAAGACUGACUAGAUGGCUUCAGUAUACGCUUAUCUUCUUGUUCCUGACCUUGUUUACUUACCUACUCCUUCAGUUUAUAAUUAAGGAGCAAACAUAACAAAUGGAUAUCCAUUUUCAGUCAUGAUAGAUUAGAGAAAUCGUAGAAAAGACGAUGACGAUUAUGAUGAUGAUGGGCAAGUAGAAAGUAUUCCAGACAAGUUAGUUCUUCUUGUUUAAGGAAGUUCAUUCUAUAUAAAGUUGGAUGCCAUCUCAGAUGACAGUUCGAAAAAAAGCAGAUUAAUCAUAAUCAUCGUUUGUAGCAUUGGAGGAUCUCUAUUGUUAUGCUUAAUAGGAUUUUGUUCAAGAAGAGCUUAUUUAAAAAGAUAAAGAGAAAAAUAGACUCCUGCAACACCCAAUAUUGAUUUGGAAAUUAAAGAAAAAGAAUUAGAAAUCCCAGCCUAUCAAGAGUAAACCCAAAAACCAUAUAAUGAUGCACUUGAAAUUAUAUCUAAUAAGGAUCUCCAAGAUGGAUAAGAUAACUGUGGAAUUUGUUUGGAAUCAUUGAAAACAGCUAAAGUGAUCUGUAAAAUUCAAUGCAAGUAUUAAUAUUCCCCUAUAAAUCUAGUCACGUGUUUCAUGGUAGUUGUAUAGAAACAUGGCUUUAAAAAAAUUCAUAUUGCCCCUUUUGUAGAUUUGACCUAAAAACUAAAGCAAUCAAAGAGGAUAACGAUGAGCAAUUAAUUCCAGAGUUAUGACGAUCUUAGCUCACAUGAUUUAUUUAAAUUAUUUACAAGUCCA